CCUCGUCUCCAUCGAUGAGACGAAAACAUGCCAUUGCCAAUGCCACCUGUUGGCUGUUACACCACAGCAGAGGCAAGCAGUUAAACCCAGAAAGCACGAAGAAGAAAGGCAAAACAACUCAAAAGGAGCUCACUUUGACGCAACUUAUGUACUGAUAAUCUUGUAAUCUCUUCAAGAUUCUUCAUCUCCCUUCUUUUCCUGAAUGCAGAUCCGAAGCUUGGAGAGCCCAUUAAUGGCGGUCCUGCUGGGUUCUGAUAUCCCCCAUUGAGAAUUCAUCAGAAAGUUGCCAUUUUGAUUGCUGGGUUCAGAUAGAAAUCUGCCCGAAGAAAGGUGGGGCGAAAAAUUCGACGCCGACGAGGUAAGCGGUAAGCUCCAUUGUUGAUAUGCCCAGCUCGAGGAAGAUGGUGGUGGGAGGAAGGGACGGGGUGGUUUCUGUUCAGCUGCUUCUUCUUCCUCCUCUGCUUCUGCUGUUUCUAGCGGCGGCCGGGGAAGCCCAGUCGUCGGAGACAGAGGGCGUUAGUGUUCUGAUAAACUGCGGGUCGAAUUCCAGUGUCACCUUCGACGGCCGGAAUUGGACCGGCGACUCAUCCCCCGGAUUCAGUAACAAUCUCACCCUUACUUCUGCUUCUCCGGCGGCGGAGGUUGCAAGCACGGACUCAGCCCUGGGGCCGCUGUACGGAUCCGCCCGGAUCUUCACCGGCGGCUUGAACUACACGUUCCGACAAGUCCCUGCCGGGAACUAUUUCCUGCGGCUUCACUUCUGCCCCUUCGCCUUCGACUAUGGCCACGACGUGAACAAAUCGUCGUUCGGCGUCGCGGGGAACGGGCUGAAACUCCUUGGAGAGUUCAAUGUUGUGGAUGAAGUCACGGCCAGGCUCGAUUCAGGGAGUGGGAGCAGCAACUCUUCUUAUUUGAUCAGAGAGUAUUUAAUUCAGAUUGGUUCGAAUGGACUUGUUCUCGAGUUCGUCCCGAGUAAAGGGUCGUUUGGGUUCGUAAAUGCUAUAGAGAUGGUCCCGGUGGUGGUGGACAGGCUGUUUGCGGACUCUGUCAGCAGGGUUGGGGGAAGUGGUGGUGCGAGUGUGAAUUUGAGCCGGCGGGGUUUGGAGACCGUUUAUAGAUUGAAUGUCGGGGGUCCCGAGAUCCAGCCCCGUCAAGAUUCGGGGCUCUGGAGGGCUUGGAAAGUUGAUACGAGCUACAUGAUCAACCCUGAUGCUGGGAAGGAGUUCAAGAACACUUCCAACAUAACCUACGCAUCAGUGAACUACUCAUCUGUCGCUCCUCUUGUGGUUUAUGAGACGGCUAGGAUUAUGACCAACACUGAGGUUCUCGAGAAGAGGUUGAACAUGUCGUGGAAGCUCAUGGUGGAUCCGGGGUUCGAUUACCUGGUCAGGCUGCACUUCUGCGAGUUGGUCUUUGAGCAGUCGAACCAGAGGAAUUUUAGGAUCUAUGUCAACAAUAAGACCGCAGCAGAUAAUUUCGACAUCUAUGCACGAGCAGGAGGGAAAAAUAGAGGGUACCAUCAGGACUAUAUAGACGCAGUGUCCUCGAAAGUCAGUACAUUGUGGAUUCAGCUGGGACCUGAUACGGCAACUGGGGCUGCUGGGACCGAUGCCCUCUUGAACGGGCUGGAGAUCUAUAAGGUGGAACGGAAUGGGAAUCUCGCCUACACGGGAAAGCAUGGUACUUCGUCAAAAGGUUCAUCAAGCAAUGCAAGAACUCGUGUUCUUCUAUUGGGUAUUGGGUCAGGUUUAGGAUCGGUAGCACUCCUUGGGAUCGUAGUUGCUUUCGGCUUUAUUUUCCGAAGAAGACUGAAGACAAGAGAGUCGAGUGACAAGAAAAGUGGGUGGAAACCGUUGUUCUUUAAUGAGGCCGUCCUGAAUAGCAGAGGGAGCGGAAAGGCAGCAGCAGGAGGUGGUAAGAAUCUAAAUGGGUCUCUUACCGGCCCCUCCACGAGAGUCGGGAGGCGGUUCACAAUAGCUGAGAUACGUGCUGCUACAAAGAACUUUGAUGAGGGUAUGGUUAUAGGGAUAGGAGGAUUUGGGAAGGUAUACAGAGGUGAGAUCGAGGAUGGGACCCUAGUAGCUAUUAAGCGGGCUAACCCGCAAUCUGAGCAAGGCCUUAAUGAAUUUGAGACCGAGAUAGAGAUGCUAUCGAAGCUUAGGCACAGGCAUCUGGUCUCGAUGAUUGGUUUCUGUGAGGAACACAAUGAGAUGAUCUUGGUAUACGAGUUCAUGGCGAAUCGAACCCUCAGGAGUCACCUGUUUGGCAGCAAUCUCCCGCCACUGAGUUGGAAGCAGAGGUUAGAAGUAUGCAUCGGUGCCGCUAGAGGGCUCCAUUACCUACACACUGGGGCAGAUCGGGGAAUAAUCCACAGGGACGUGAAAACGACGAAUAUUCUGCUAGAUGAGAAUUUCGUUGCCAAGGUGUCUGAUUUCGGGCUAUCAAAGACUGGUCCCGCCCUGGACCGGACGCAUGUCAGCACCGCAGUCAAGGGCAGCUUCGGGUAUCUGGACCCUGAGUACUUCCGCCGACAACAGCUGACAGAGAAAUCCGACGUUUAUUCCUUCGGUGUGGUGCUGUUCGAGGUUGUAUGUGCUAGGGCAGUUAUAAACCCGACCCUGCCGAAAGAUCAGAUAAACCUUGCUGAGUGGGCUCUAAGAUGGCAGAGGCAGAGAUCACUUGAGAAGAUAGUGGAUCCGCACCUGAGAGGGAAUUACUCGCCUGAGUCAAUGGAGAAAUACGGGGAGAUAGCCGAGAAGUGUCUCGCGGACGAGGGAAGGAGCAGGCCAAUGAUGGGGGAUGUCUUGUGGCACUUGGAGUAUGCCUUGCACCUCCACGAAGAGUGGCUCCGUGCUAAUAGCAGUGACGAUAGUAAUAGUGGCAGUAGCAGCAGUGUGGAGAAAUCCUCAGCGAAUGCCGAGUCCUUGGAAGGGCAACCGCCUAUUAGUUUGGACGUUGAUCUCGGGUUGGAGGGAAGCAGAGAACCUGAAUCUGCAGGAACAGAUGUGGAUCACAGGGACCGGAAUCGGACUAAUUCAACUGCAGAAUAAGACUCUAGAGAAAUGCGGAUUCGUUCGCAGUCGCUCUUUUGUACACAUAACACAUCGGGAAGAUUUGUUUCGAUUUGAUUUGUGGGUUUGUUGAUAUAUAUAUUUUUUCAGAUAUCAUUCAUAUAUGUAAUGUACGAUGAGCUGCUAUACAUACGUAUUCCAUUAUCAGGAAUUCAAGAACUUGCUGAUUUCUGCGUCA